AACGCAAAGCCAACUUGUCAAAACAACAAUCCAAUCCCAAAAAUAUAAUUCCACAUAAUCUCCUUUAUUCCACCACUUGAAUACUAAACAAGAAAUCUGAAACUCGGUGCAGGAAAAUGGCUCAAGCAAUGGCUUCCAUGGCUGUUCUUGAAGGCAGUCUCCAAUUCAGUGGCUCAACCCGCUUGAACGUGCCUAGCAACAACGCACGGGUAGCUAUUUCCAGGCCCGGUCUCACUAUUAGAGCCCACCAACAGGUACCUUCUUCUGCUGAGCCUGAACCUAGCCGCAGGGCCGUACUGGGUCUUGUUGCCGCUGGUUUGGCUUCUGGGUCUUUCGUUCAAGCUGUGCUUGCUGAAGUCCUGCCUAUUAAGGUGGGCCCACCUCCCCCUCCCUCCGGUGGACUGCCUGGGACUCUAAAUUCUGAUCAGCCAAGAGACUUGGAUCUUCCACUGAAGGAGAGAUUUUUCAUUCAACCACUUGAACCAGCUCAGGCAGCAGCAAGGGCCAAGGAAUCAGCUAAGGACAUUGUGAGUGUGAAGCCUCUCAUAGACAAGAAGGCUUGGCCCUAUGUCCAGAAUGAUCUUCGCCUUAAGGCUGAAUUGCUCCGCUAUGACCUCAACACUGUUAUCUCUGCUAAAUCCAAAGAGGAGAAGAAAUUUCUCAAGGAACUCACUGGAAAGCUCUUUCAAUCCAUCAGCGACCUGGACCAUGCAGCCAAGAUUAAGAGCACUCCAGAGGCAGAGAAGUACUAUGCCCAGACUUUAUCUACUCUGAAUGAUGUUCUUGCUAAGCUUGGCUAAGUGAAUUCAUGUAUUUUAUUGCAAGCUUUGUCAAUCACUUUCUUUUGAAUGCUAUUUGAAAGGAGUGUAGUUGGAGGAGAAAAUAAUUGACUUCUUGCUUUUGUUUCUAUUCA